GGUAUGAGAAGAGAGGAAUGUAUAGAGAGAGUAUCGCAGGAAGAAGUAGAUUUGGGAUGGGGCUCGGCAAGCGGGGUCUGGACCUAAGGGGAGCGGGUUCAAGGGAAGACGGGAUUCGGGAGGAGGUCAAGAAGACAAAUGGGAGAAAGGGCGGCUACAGAAGAAGCCAGACUCGCUGAGGGACCGGGGAAGAGAUGACGUGGGUUAGGUAUUGGCAAGGGACCAGGAGGGAUGGUCUUCGGGUAUGGGGUCCUGUCUCCAGGAAGAAGGCUAGGUCGAGAGACAAACCGAGGCUUAGUGUAGGCCCACAGUCUAGUGACUGUGAUCCGAUUUCCAAUGAGGGAAAGGUGAGGCCGGGGUAAAUCAGGAUGGCGGGGGAGGAAACCAUCCUUCUUCCUCCCACUCUGCUCUGCGCCAUCGGGGGUAAGCUCAGCGCUGACUCACACGGUCGGAGACGGACUGCGCAGACUCGAAAAUGCAGCGACCACGUGGGGGAGACAACGCAAACUCCUAGUUUGGCACCCACUCUCCCUGCCCGAUCCUUGGGUUUAGAGGUCAAUGCAGAAGACUCGCAAAGAGCUGUGGGAGGAGGCCUGGUGGUGGAUGAGAGGAAGGUUGGUGGGGAAAGUACCGCCAAACCCCAGCUCAGCCUCCACACCAGGCUUCGCCACCUCGCAGCACCACGGACAGCGCUUGCUGGGUCCGAUGGUAAGGACCAAGUAGGAGCAGGGCAACUCUGGCCCCUCCAAGGGUUUACUUCUUCAGUCUUUCGGCACUUACAAGUCAUACUCCACCAAAUUGUACCUCAAGGUCUGUUAUGGAAGGAUGACACCACCCAGAAUGUGAUGACCCAAAAGAUGGAGCACAUCAGUCUACUCCACCCCCAAGACCCAUGUGUGAAGGAUGGAAAGGCAAUUUUUUCCACUAAAACUACUGGGAUGAGGGGCAAGCAAGAGGAAAAGCUUCGACUCUUAUUUCCCAAGAGCCCAGUGUCCAAGGUGAACAGGGAUCAGUGCUUUACCUCCAAAGUGGUUUCAAAGGCCCUGAAACAAGAGGUGACCAACCCCAUCAAGGAAUACUCUGGGCCACUUCCCACUGCAGGCCACAACCUUGUGGCUGAUUGAGACUUCACAUGAAGCUUUCCUUCCUCAGUGCCCUCACCAUUGUCCCUCACCUCCAGAGGGACAGUUGUUGGAUGACCCAAAUAUGGAUCAUUAAAGUGGACUUUAUGAAAAUGCUUUCUGUGAACUUGUCUUAAAGCAGAAUAGGUGGGGUUUGAACUUUGCCAGAGAUUCCUAAGAGAGAGAGGUGGGGAUGAGGAGAGCACAGUUCUUGAGGCUGGCAGAAGGCUGACUUCUGUCUGGUUUUCCUUCCAUUGAUUAUUCAUGAAAUAAAGAAAGGGUGGGGCACAGCUGGAAUGGCAGCCUUCCCUACCCACAUCCUAGCCACCCUGGGUGGUCUGGUUGUCCUUCCUUCAUGUUAUGGGGAGGUGGGCUCCAUAUUUGCCUCCAAUCAUUCUUUCCAUCUCUCAUGCCAGACAGGCCUAGACCUGAAGUUUUAUGAAGGUCCCCACCUCUAGCAUUUGAGCUGUGACAGAGCUUUUCCGUCCAUUGUGCCCCAAGGGUCAACAGAGCAGUGCUGAGAUCAAAGUGUGCACACAUUUAACAUUUCGAUGGCCCCUGUGGGUUUGCUUCUGAUAGUCUAACAUCUUAAAAGGGAGUGGGAGGACUGGGGAUGUAGUCCAAUGGUAGAGCCUAGCAUGUUCUAGGCUGCAGGUUCAAUCUCCAGCAUCAAUUGAUGUAU